UCAAGGGAUUAUCACAUAUGUUAAAAUCCAACAUUGAGAGGGGUAUCAUCGGAGAUGAAUCUGAAUUGUUGCAUAGAAGAAUCAUAUUUGGAGCAAAUACAUAUCCACAAAAGAAAGGGCGGAACUUUUUGGUGUUCCUGUGGGAGGCUUGCCAAGAUUUGACACUCAUCAUAUUGAUGGUUGCUGCUGUUAUUUCAUUGGUACUGGGCAUAAAAACAGAAGGCCUAAGUGAAGGAUGGUACGACGGUGGAAGCAUUGCCUUUGCUGUAAUUCUUGUUGUACUUGUUACAGCUGUCAGCGACUAUAGACAAUCCCUCCAGUUCCAGUGUCUGAAUGAGGAGAAGCGAAAUAUUCACUUGGAGGUAACUAGAAGUGGUAGAAGGAUGGAAAUUUCAAUAUUUGAUAUAGUGGUUGGUGAUAUUGUUCCACUUAAAAUUGGGGAUCAGGUUCCAGCUGAUGGUAUUCUAAUUGAUGGCCAUUCUCUUGCUAUAGAUGAAUCUAGCAUGACCGGGGAAGCCAAGAUUGUUCACAAGGACCAAAAGGCACCAUUUUUGAUGUCUGGUUGCAAGGUUGCUGAUGGCUUUGGCACCAUGUUGGUGAUUGCUGUUGGAACUAAUACUGAAUGGGGUAUGUUGAUGGCUAAUAUUUCAGAGGAUAAUGGUGAAGAAACUCCUCUGCAGGUACGAUUGAAUGGUGUUGCCACUUUAAUUGGUACAGUUGGAUUGACAGUUGCUGCUGCAGUUCUCAUUGUUCUUUGGGCUAGAUACUUCACUGGGCACACCAAAAACCCUGAUGGAACUGCUCAAUUCAUAAGGGGGCUUACAAGUGCAAAGGCUGCCAUUGAUGGUGCUGUUAAAAUCCUGACUAUUGCUGUAACCAUAAUAGUUGUUGCAGUUCCAGAAGGACUUCCAUUGGCUGUUACCUUGACUCUUGCAUACUCAAUGAGGAAGAUGAUGGCAGACAAGGCCUUGGUGAGGAGGCUUUCAGCUUGUGAAACCAUGGGAUCAGCAACAACAAUAUGCAGUGACAAAACUGGAACUUUGACACUCAAUCAGAUGACUGUAGUGGAGGCAAAUGUUGGAGGGAUGAAAUUAAGUUCUCCAGACAAUUGUGAUAUAUUGACCGAUGCUGCAUCUCACCUGCUGAUUGAAGGCAUCGCCCAGAAUACAACUGGCAAUGUGUUUGUGCCAGAAGAUGGACCUGCAGAGGUCUCUGGUUCACCUACAGAAAAGGCCAUUCUUUCUUGGGGAAUCAAGGCAGAUUCCAAGAUUCAUGUGCACUGGAAAGGGGCUGCAGAACUAAUCUUAGCUGCUUGUACGAGCUGGUUUGAUGCCGAUGGUUCUAUUCGUCCAAUGACUUCAGACAAGGUGAAUGAGUUUAAAAAUUCAAUUGAAGACAUGGCAGCACUUAGCCUACGUUGUGUUGCAUUUGCAUACAGAUUAUAUGAUCUAGAUAAAAUUCCACAUGAGGACAAAAGGGACAAGUGGGAGUUGCCUGAGGAUGAACUUGUUCUACUCGCUAUAGUGGGAAUAAAGGAUCCUUGCCGUCCAGGCGUAAAAGAUGCUGUAAAGUUAUGCACUACUGCCGGUGUCAAGGUACGCAUGGUCACCGGUGAUAAUAUUCAGACAGCUAAGGCCAUCGCUUUGGAGUGUGGAAUACUUGAUACCAGUGAAGAUCUUACUGAGCCAACCAUUAUAGAGGGCAGAGCAUUCCGUGCCCUUUCUGAAACAGCAAGAGAAGCAAUUGCGGAGAAAAUUUCUGUAAUGGGAAGAUCCUCACCAAAUGACAAACUUCUACUUGUCCAAGCAUUACGGAAAAAAGGACAUGUGGUUGCAGUUACUGGGGAUGGCACUAAUGAUGCUCCAGCACUACAUGAGGCAGAUAUAGGCCUUUCAAUGGGUAUUCAGGGGACAGAAGUUGCAAAAGAGAGCUCAGACAUCAUAAUAUUAGAUGACAACUUUGCAUCUGUUGUAAAGGUUGUCCGGUGGGGCCGUUCUGUAUAUGCAAACAUUCAGAAGUUUAUUCAAUUCCAGCUAACUGUCAAUGUUGCAGCACUUGUUAUAAAUGUGGUGGCUGCAGUUUCAUCUGGAGACGUGCCUCUAAAUGCCGUUCAGCUUCUCUGGGUCAACCUAAUUAUGGACACUCUUGGAGCAUUAGCACUAGCAACGGAACCACCCACUGACAAACUUAUGAAAAGAUCUCCUGUUGGCCGCAGGGAACCUCUGAUUACAAAUAUUAUGUGGAGAAAUUUGUUCGUACAGGCUUUAUAUCAAGUGGCAAUCUUGCUCAUUUUCAACUUUGGUGGAAGGAGUAUACUGCACUUGAAGCAUGAAACUUUGGAACAUGCUGAAAAAGUGAAGAAUACCUUUGUUUUCAAUACAUUUGUGUUCUGCCAAAUAUUCAAUGAAUUCAAUGCCCGCAAACCGGAUGAGAUAAAUAUACUCCGAGGGGUGACCAAGAGCCCUUUCUUUAUGGUGAUAAUAGGAACCACCUUCCUCCUUCAGGUUCUUAUUGUCGAGUUCCUUGGGAAGUUCACAUCGACUGUCAGGCUCGAUCCGAAGCUGUGGCUGGUCUCGGUAGCGAUCGCUCUUGUAAGUUGGCCUUUGGCAGUCCUUGGAAAGCUCAUCCCGGUUCCUGAGAUUCCUCUUGGGGUGUACCUUGCAAGAAUUUUUUGCAGGAGAAGCUCACGCUGAGAUGCAGCAAACAAGGCAAGGAGAAGCGGGGUUGGUGAAACAGACGGACACUGCUGCCUCCCGGAUGUCUUGCCACCGUACAUCGAUUGCCAACUGGAUGUAUGGAUGAUGGAUUCAAGUGAAAUCGUAGUCUGUCUACUCGAUUGUGGCCGUGAUGGCGGGCGGCCACAGCAAGUGCUAAUUCCUAUGGAAAAUAAUGUCUUGUUUCUCAAGAAAUAUCGUCUUCUGUUUUCACCCAAGAAACAAUUCAUAUCAUAGCCUAGUCCUUUCUAGUGCAGUAAAUUAUCAAAGGCCACCACCCACCGAGGCAGAGGUUCUUGGCUACUAAACUUCAAGUUUUAAUUGGUUUUUAUUUGGUACGUUGAGUGGAUGGAUAAUUAUGCAGGCAGAUUAUUACAGGCUCCUCACUCGAACAAAUCGUUGACCUCAAGUUUGACGCGUAUUAUGUGUGAAGAUGGGGGGUUUGGAGUUUCUUUGCAUGUUGUAGGACGUGUAUUAUGUAUGUAUGAUGAAGAUGUGCUUAGU